AUGAAAGUGAUGAGGGAAAACCCACCAAACCUCGCCACAGCUGUGACAGGCGCUACGCAUGAACAGAACUUGCGUGCUAGAUUUAACUUGAGACUAGGAAAGGGAAGCGGGUCAAUGGAUGACCGAAGUGAGGAAGAGCCUAUGGAGGUCGAUCAUUAUCGUCCUAAGUCUAAAUGCUUUAAGUGCAAUCGAACAGGUCACAGAGCAAGGGACUGUAGGUUCGACGAAAGGACUAGGUCAAGAACUGGUGAAGAUGUAGCCAAAGCUCUUGGUGCCUUUCACGCAUUUACCUGGUGUUACCAAGUGUCCUUUGGAAGCAAGGGCAAAAAGACGGCAUGGAACGCACGGAUAGCAGCCACAGAAGUCACUGAAGCAUUUCAGACACUGCUCAUCAAACGGGACAUUUCAGUUGAGACUAUUCAACUAACAGCUUCAACAAUGUAUGAACACACCAAGCAAAUUGCCUACCAGGAUGUCUUGCGUGCACACCUCUUUGUGAAUGUGGCAACGGUUGCAACCAAACUCAGGCCUCAAGGGACACGACAAGCAGAAGUAGUGAGCACGAGGGAUGACGUGUUAGCUCAAAAAACAAGACACGUUGCCAAUGGCAAAACUGUGACCUAUGAAAGUCAAGAUUCAUUUGUAAAGACUUUUAAAGUUGCAGAAUCCCAGAAGAAUAAACCUAUUGGAUACACUGACCAGCCUCCUAGAACACGUUUCCUCAUCUACCUUUGUGAAAGAGCAGGACGGUGUGGAGGUUGGGCAGACAGGCAACGAGGCAUAGUUGCUGCAUAUCUUCUGGCCAAUGUAACAGGGCGACGGUUCGGCGUCAACAUGACCACGCCAUGUGAUGUCAAGCUUUUCUACAUCCCCAAUAUCGUCAACUGGUAUGUGAGAGAAAGCGAACUUCUGGGUUUGAGUUGGGAAGUGCUUGACUGGAAUAACAGAUUUGAUCCUAACGAGGUUAACCAUGACUUGAACAUCAAUCACCCUUGUGAUGUCAUCUUCUUAAAAACAAAUGUUGAUUCAAUCACAGUAAUUCAAAAGAGCCCACAAUAUGGUCAUCUUGUUCCAGAGCCGUUUAGAAACCCCAACUGCGGUAAAGUGUUUCACACAAUUUGGCACCUUCUCAUGAAGCCAUCACUUCAUUUUGAAGAACGCAUAAACAAGUUUAUGAGUGAAAUACCGAAAACAGAUGAGUUAGUUUGCGCCCAUGUACGAAUGAGGAGAAAUCCAACCAUUCCUAAUGAUGGCGCUCAAAUCAAUUCCUUGUCCACUGUCAAAUACCUAUGGACAUUUCUAUCUAAAUUCAAAAAUGCGAGUCGUGUUUUCAUUGCUAGUGACUCCAUGGACGUGCGGCUUAGUGCCAGGAAAUAUUUCGGCGCCAGGGAAAUUGACACUGGCGGGCUGAUAGUGCAUAUUGACAGACAGGGAAAGAAGCCCAAUGCAAUUUGGGGCUUUGAGUUGGCACUGCUAGACCAGACUGUUCUCAGUCGCUGUCGUGUGCUAGUUGUGUCAAAAAGUGGCUUCAGUGCCAGAGCAGCCAUGAUGUCACGCCGUGAGCAAGAAAUUUUUGAGUUCCAAAAUGGCACCGUCACUCCAUUUCUUCGUCUGAAAUCCAGGGUCUUCUAAAAAGCAUUUUCUUUUUUCGAUUACAUAUGUAUACAGUUAAAUCCCUAUCAGUUACUUAUAACUCAACAGGGGCGGUCGGGUAGCCUAGUGGUUAAAGCGUUCGAUCGUCACGCCGAAGACCCGGGUUCGAUUCCCGACAUGGGUACAAUGUGUGAAGCCCAUUUCUG